AUGGGUCUCUUUUCACGCAAAGAAAAGACUUCUCCUUCAAACCCCUCAUCAUCAAGAACGAAUUCUACACAACUAACUGAAGUUCAAUCUUUACGUUCCUCACAAUCCUCACUAAAAUCGCCUUCCACUCCCGGUUUCUCGAGAAUGUCUAACCCCACCAUACCAAAGAUCGCAUUACCCAAGGCACCAGAUCCAAAUGUCGAUCCAGCUGGAUAUUUGAGAAGUAUCGGUGCUGUGCGGGAAAGAUGUGCUAUCAUUCUGGAGAAGGCUAAGCAGAAUGAUUUGAAUCAUUUUGAAGUUGAUAUGGGGAGAUUUAAGGACACUACAAAGUUUGUCGUCUCAAUAAUCAAGCGCGAUUUCGGAUCCGAUUAUCAUGUAAUCCCCCCCCAUGGUCGCUGGCAACAUUUCAACGUCGGAGGCAGAGAUAGAAUUGGAGAACUCUUAGGAAGUUGGCCAAGUCAAGUUAAUCCUUCCGAACGAUGCCGCCGAAUCCUCGAUCUCUUCCUCGUAUCCGUCCUACUCGAUGCUGGCGCUGGUACCUCAUGGAAAUACAAGAGUAUAGAGAGUGGUCGCACAUAUAGAAGAAGUGAAGGCUUAGCAAUUGCUAGUUUGGAAAUGUUCAAGGCUGGUACUUUUAGUAGUGAUCCAGCACAACCACACCAAGUUGAUGCGGAUGGUCUGUCCAGAUUGACAGUGGAGAUCAUGAGUUCAGGUCUACAGGUCACCGAACAGAAUCCGAUUGCAGGUUUGGCAGGAAGAACUGGUUUAUUGGUUAAACUUGCUAAAGCCUUGCGAAAUCCUUCUUUGUUUGGUGAAGAUGCUAGACCUGGAAACAUGCUAGAUUUCCUCAUCUCCCAUCCUUCUACCCAAGCUGCAUCCGUACCAAUCGUUCCUCUGACUACAUUAUGGAGUGUCUUGAUCGAUGGUCUUGCACCAAUCUGGCCAGCAUCUCGUACAGAAGUGGAUGGCACAUCUAUUGGUGACGCCUGGCGUCUAACCACCAUGCCUGCAGAUGCGGCAACCCCUCUAUGGGAGACCAUCGUCCCAUUCCAUAAGCUUUCCCAAUGGCUUUGCUACUCUCUUAUGCAACCUAUGACUAAACUCAUGAACAUACACUUCGCCGGAGCCGAACUAUUGACCGGUUUACCCGAAUAUCGAAAUGGCGGUUUGUUCAUUGAUACUGGUGUAUUAAAUUUAAGAAGAGAUGAAACAAAAAGAGGACUCGAAGCAUUCCAUCGCAAUGCAGAGAGAGAAGGCAAACCAAGUUUGGAAGUUGUUCCAAUGUUCACACCAGAUGAUGAUGUGAUCGUUGAGUGGAGAGCUGUGACCGUUGGUUUCCUAGAUUUGUUACUGGAUGAGGUAAAUGCUAGUCUAGGACUUUCUGGUCAAGAUAAAAUGUCUCUACCACAAAUGUUGGAGGCUGGCAGUUGGAAGGGAGGUAGAGAAAUGGCCGAAAUCUCACGUCCAAAUACUCAAUGUCCACCAAUUGCCAUACUCAGCGAUGGGACAGUCUUCUAA